GAAUAAAAAUAUUGUGAUCAUCAGUUUGAAUCAUUCUCGUUGUUGUUUCAUUGGCUUAUUUAUAUAUAUGCUUUUUUUUCUGGCAAUUGUUGAAAACUUAGUGGAACAUCACUUGUUGUUCUUUAGAAAUAUGUCUGGUUCAGUUUCCCGCGAUGCAGAAGCUCUGAAGUCAGCAGAUUCUAGCACCAGACGCUCUGGCGGCAGGAUCACCUUCCCGUUUAUGAUAGUAACGUUGUUCGGCCUAACAUUAGCUACGUUGGGAUGGUUACAGAACUUGAUUGUCUACCUGAUCGAAGAGUACAACAUGAAGAGCAUCGCAGCUGCGAAGAUUCUCAACAUUUUCAGUGGUUUUACCUUUAUGUUCCCUGCCAUUGGAGCCAUUGCAGCGGAUUCUUUCUUCGGAACAAUUCCUGUUAUCUUGGUUUCAUCAUUCAUUUCUCUAGUGGGCGUAGUUCUGCUGGCUCUAACCACUUUGUUUGACUCUUUAAGACCCCAAGCCUGCGAAACAGCAUCAAAGUUAUGUCAAGCCCCUACGAACAUCCAGCUCGGUGUCCUUUACACAGCAAUAACUCUAGGCUGUGUGGGAGCAGGUGGGCUACGGUUUACCUUGGCCACCGCUGGUGCGAACCAGUACGAAAAAACUAAAGACCAAGGCAGCUUUUUCAACUGGUUUUUCUUCACAUGGUAUUUAGCUGCCUCUAUAAGUGCAACAGCCAUUGUCUACGCCGAAGAAAACAUUAGCUGGAGUUUCGGGUUUGGUCUGUGUGUAGCUGCUAAUCUGUUAGGCUUGAUAGUUUUCAUCUCGGGGAAAAAAUUCUACAAGCAUGACAAGCCUUUGGGAAGUCCCUUCACAAGUUUACUUCGUGUCAUCUUCGCUGCCAUACGUAAAAGAAAAGCUGUGGUUUCCACCAACGAGAAAGACUACCACAGUGAAUCAAAGAAAACGCCCACAAAGAGUUUCAGGUUCUUUAACCGCGCAGCAUUGAAACAGGAUGAUGAGGUUAAUUCAGACGGCACAAUUCACAAUCAAUGGAGACUAUGCAGCGUUCAACAAGUAGAAGAUUUCAAAGCAGUCAUAAGAAUCAUCCCUCUUGUGUUAGCUAUAUUAUUCUUGAGCACUCCAAUCGCGAUGCAGCUAGGAUUAACAGUACUUCAGGGUCUGGUGAUGGACCGGAGACUUGGCCCUCACUUCAAGAUCCCUGCAGGCUCUCUCCAAGUCAUAACACUUCUCUCCACUUGCCUAUUUAUCAUAGUCAACGAUCGGUUUCUCUACCCAUUUUACCAAAAACUAACCGGGAAGUUCCCCACACCGAUUCAAAGGGUGGGAAUAGGCCACGUUUUCAACAUUCUAAGCAUGGCUGUGACUGCCAUAGUUGAAGCAAAGCGAUUGAAGAUAGUACAGAAAGGUCAUUUUCUCGGAUCAUCAUCUGUUGCUGACAUGUCAGUCUUGUGGUUAUUCCCUCCUCUAGUCAUAGUAGGAAUCGGAGAGGCCUUCCAUUUCCCAGGGAAUGUAGCUCUGUGCUAUCAAGAGUUUCCAGAGUCUAUGCGAAGUACUGCGACAUCAAUAACCUCGGUGUUGAUUGGGAUAUGUUUCUACACAAGCACUGCUUUGAUCGACCUGAUUCAAAAGACCACUGCAUGGUUACCAGAUGAUAUUAACCAUGGAAGAGUUGACAAUGUUUACUGGAUUUUAGUCAUAGGAGGAGUCUUGAAUCUUGGCUAUUUCCUUGUGUGUUCUUGGUUUUAUAAAUACAGAAACCUCGAGAAUGCUGAUCAUGAACAAGAUGCAAAUGUCUCUCACUAAGGUGGAGAUGGAAGAUGUAAUUUGUUGUUAGCAUUUGCAGUUCUGUAAAGCGGGAGCUUUGUCUGAAAGUAUCUCGAAUUUGUAGGCAUUGAAAACCUUUUUUUAACUGUUGUUGUAGAAUGAAUUUCGAAAUCUGUGGUAAUAUAAUCGAUGUGUUUUUGUGAUUCC